AUGAUUGCUGUUUGCAAGCCUUGUCGGGAGAAACAAAAUUCUCUGACGAAAGAGAUCAAUCAUCCUUGGGAACCAGCGACUCAGCCAUGGGAGAGAAUACAUAUAGAUUUCAUGGGCCCAACAAAUGGACAACAAUUUUUCAUUGUUGUUGAUGCCUUCUCCAAUUGGGUAGAGGUAAUACUUACAAAAGCAGCAACUACCGAUUGGACUAUUAAGGAGUUGAAGAAACUUUUUAGUACUUUUGGUCUUCCAAGCCUCCUAAUUUCAGACAAUGGAAGAAGUUUCACUUCUCUUACUUUUCAAGAGUUUCUUAAGUCAUGUGGAACUCAACACAAAACAACUGCUCCAUUCCACCCAUCAUCUAAUGGACAAGCUGAACGCUUUGUACAAACAGUGAAGAAGAUGUUGAAGUCGAUAUUAGAUGAACCAGGAACACUUUACAGUAAAAUUCACAAGGUGUUAAUUCAACUCCGUCAAGUACCAAACUCAACAGGAAACUCGGCAUACUAUCUCAUGUUCAACAGACAACUAAGAACAUACCUCAGUGUUAUGAUACCUUCUAGAAUCGAGGACUCAAAAGACAAACCUAAAGCAUUGGUCAAUGAUCUUGAAGCAAAAGCUAUUGGCUUUUCACUUCCAUCUGGGAAACGAUGUGAUAUCACUGCUCCAAGUCCCACUGGUGUAGCGUCAGUUGCAAGGAUCUAUGGCAGGUCUGGGUUAAAGUGA